AUGGCUCGUCCUUCUCUCUACUUUAGCCCUCCUUCUCUCUACUUUAGCCGUCCUUCUCUCUACUUUAGUCGUCCUUCUCUCUACUUUAGUCGUCCUUCUCUCUACUUUAGCCGUCUUUCUCUCUACUUUAGCCGUCCUUCUCUCUACUUUAGCCGUCCUUCUCUCUACUUUAGCCGUCCUUCUCUCUACUUUAGCCGUCCUUCUCUCUACUUUAGCCGUCCUUCUCUCUACUUUAGCCGUCCUUCUCUCUACUUUAGCCGUCCUUCUCUCCACUUUAGCUGUCCUAUCUCUCUACUUUAG